GAUCUGUUGCGCGUGCGUACGAGCAUAUGGUAUGUGUGUACAAUUCAUUUCGUUAAGAUCGGCCAGAAGAUCACGGGCCGUUGCACGUAACUGUUCACUACUAUUGUGCAAUUGCGCGCCCAUAAUUUUCUACAUCAACAACAAUCUUUGAUCUGAUCCGUCGUUCGUCUGACUUCUGUUGUUAACGGACUCGGCGGUAGCCGACCGAACAUAAGAGUGUACUAUACCGCUGGGGGUAAUCAGCCUCCUGUCCGAUUUUCUACUUUUCGUUUUACGGCUAAAAUGUCACACCAAACCGGAAUCAAAGCUAACGAUGCGUUAAAGAAAUUCUUCAGUAAAGCAGCGUCGGACAAAAGCAUUCGGGCGAUCAAAGUAUCCAUUGUAGACGAAGAACUUGUUUUGUCGGGUCAUGAAAAGUAUCAUAAAUCAUGGAAGGAUGAUUUUGAAAAAAUUAUAAAACAGUUUAUAUUGCCAGAAAUACCAUGUUAUUUAUUAUAUAGAUUUGAUGUUAAAAGUGAUACCAAAAACUAUGAUUGGCUUCUUAUUAGUUGGUGUCCAGAUGUAGCACCUAUUCGACAAAAGAUGUUGUAUGCAUCUACAAAAGCUACUCUCAAACAAGAAUUUGGUAGUGCUAAAAUAAAAGAGGAACUUCAUGGAACUAUUAUGCUUGAUGUUACUUUGGAUGGUUUGGAACAAAGUCAGUUGUCUCAAAAAGCACCAGCACCUUUAACAAUUCGUGAAGAAGAACUUGCUGAACUUCGAAAAGCCGAAGUUGGACAUAGUACAUCGGUAUCAAUAGAUAGUCGUUCUCAGGCAGUAUCUGGUGUUAAAUUUCCUAUGUCUGUUGCUGCAGUUACAGCACUUUCUAAAUUUGUGGACAGUUGUGAAACUAACUAUGUUCAGUUUUACAUUGAUAUAACAAAAGAGAGUAUUGAAUUGGCUACUUCAGGUAAUAUAUCAGUAUCUAAUCUUAAUGAACAAGUUCCUAUUAAUGAUGCUAGGUAUCAUCUUUAUAUGUAUCAACAUAAAAAAAAUGGUACACAAAUAAAUUCUGUCUUUUUCAUUUACUCAAUGCCUAGAUACACAUGUCCUAUAAAAGUAAGAAUGUUAUAUGCUAGUUGCAAAUCACCUUUUAUUGAAGAGUUGGAAAACCUGUAUCAGUUAAAAAUUCAUAAAAAAUUGGAAAUAGAUAACGAGGAUGUUAUUAAUGAAAAAUAUAUAUUGGAUGAACUAUAUCCAGAAAAAGAAUCUGAUAAACCGAAAUUCAGUAAACCUAAAGCACCAGGAAGAGGUGUACGAAGAAUCAUAAAAUCUAAUGAAUAGUAUUUAUUUGUUUAGUAAAUUAUAUGAAAAAUAAUGUAACCAUUAUUUUUUUCACCCUUUAGUAACUUGCCUUGUUUGUUUGGUCUUCCAUUUUAUUUUAUUAAAUUUGAAACUAAAUUUUGAACUAUUUAUAUUUAAUUAAUGUGUUAUCGAGUAUUAAU